CGCGUGCGGUACACGAUGGCCCAAGUGGCUACCGAGCCCGGAGAGCUUCGCGUUUCCUCUUGUUCCCUUUCCAGAGAAGGACUCUUUCGGUCUGGGUAGCUUAUUAAAGCUCAGGCGGGAAAGAGAGAAUUACAAUUAAAGAAAUUAUUUCGGCUUUUCAACGUCGGACACUUUAAUAGUAACUGGGGAGCAAUUGCGUUCAGAGAUUUCGAGGGCAGGUUUCCUGGCUAGAUCCUGACACGUUCUCGAAGUCCAGGGGACAGGGUUUUGGAAGCAGACUCAGGCUCUGGUAGAAUAAGCAUUUUUUUUUUAUCCAAAACAGUUGGAUCACAAGGACAAGUUCUAUGUUUUGAGAUAUGAAAGACCAUGAUAGGGUUAGAAGAAUACCAUCACUAGCAUAAUUCAUGGAGCUUAAGUCAAAUUCAAGAAUGGCUAGACCAUGUGAGUUUUAUUCAUAAUGAUAUUUCAAAAGCAAAGGAAGACAUAAAGUCUCUAACGUUUGAUACACUAGCUUUGGAUGUGUUAAAUCCUCAAGUUGCUUUAGAUUAUACACUCGCUUUUUUUGAUAAAAAUAUAAAAUCCACUAUUCGGGUUUCUGAAACCAUCACACAAGUUAUUGAACUUUGGGAUGUGACUUGUGUCUGUGAACUGUUCUCAUGUGAACAGGUAAUGAAUGAGCUCAGAGAAUGGCUGGUCUGUCUUACAAAACGACAUGGAAUUCUGCUUUCAAAAGUCAGAGCAAACAUCAACACAGAUUUACAGUUACAUUCUCAAAAGGAAAUUGGAGUUGGAAAUUAAAUGUUUCACAUGGAGAGCUUCAGUUUUAUUUUAUGCUUAUGUUUUUGAUAAUAAAUACUGU